AUGAAAGAUCAACUUUUACAAGGAAUUAUUGAACCAGUACUUGAUGAGGCAAAAGAUCAUGGACAGGUACAUUAUUUACCACAUCGACCUGUUUUGAGAAGUGAUAAAAUUACUAGUAAAGUGAGAAUUGUGUUUGACGCUAGUAGCGCAGCAGAGGGCCCAUCAUUAAAUGAAUGUCUUUCUGCAGGAUCUUCAUUGACAACUUCCCUCUAUGGUGUUUUAUUACGUUUUCGUUCUCAAAAUAUAGCUUACAUAGAUGAUAUAGAAAAAGCUUUUUUACAGAUAGCAUUAACACCCUUGGAUCGUGAUUAUGUACGAUUCUUAUGGUUUAAAGAUCUUAAUGGCAUUAAUUCAAGUAACAUUUAUACAAAAGAAAUAAUUUCGUACAGACUUUGUAGAGUAUUAUUUGGUGUUACAUCAUCCCCGUUCCUUCUCUCUGCAACACUAAAAAAACAUGCUGAGCGAUACAUAGACAGCGAUCCAAAUUUUGUUUAUAAACUCAUGAACUCAUUACAUGUAGAUGACCUUAACGCAGGAGCUGAUUCCAUAUAUGCAGCAUUCCAAUUUUAUCAAAAGUGUAAAUAUCACCUAAAAGAAGCAGGUUUCAAUUUAAUGAAAUUUGAAUCAAACUGUAAAGACUUGGAAAAUUUAGUAAAUGAACAAAACUUUAAAUCUCACAACACUACUAAAGUAUUAGGUUUGAAUUGGAACAAGGAAAGAGACAUUUUAACAUUUGAUCUAGCAAAAGUGUUAACUGAAACGAAAGCUAAUCCAACAAAAAGAGAUAUACUUCGAUUCAUAGCUAGCAUCUUCGAUACACUUGGUAUCAUAAAUCCAGUAGUAGUAAGUUUUUACUACUACUGGAUUUAUGAUACCAAGUGUAUCGAAGAUCUUCUAAAGAUCUUCUUUCAAGAAGUAUGCUCAAGUAAGGUAGGAUGGGAUACUAAGCUAGAAGGUAAUUUGUUGGUAGUGUGGAGAAACAUUUUUAAUGAUUUCCAUUCCGCUCAAAGCAUCAUUAUUCCAAGGUGGUAUAUUAGUCAUUGUGAUAGUACAAUCCUAGACAUCUCAUUACAUGGGUUUAGUGACGCCAGUCUAGAUGCUUACGGUUGCUGUAUCUAUUUACUAUACUCUCUCCGUGGGCUCCAUGUUGUAUCUGCUUGGAUACAUUACAAUCAGUUUGUAUUUUAA